AUGUCUCUUCAACAGGUUCCUCCAGAACCAAUUCAACCUGAAAUCUUGGAAAAGGCUCCGGGAAUUCCGAUAACUUCUCCUUCGAACACUCAGACUCCUUUCUUAUCACAUUCUAUCUCUGUGUUAGCCUUUAUACAGAAAUACUCUGUCAUUCCAUUCAGCUUAUUCACUUUCAUUCAUCUUAGUGGUGUAGUAAUUACGCCUGCUCUUUUUGGAAUUGACCCAGGAAAUGAGGUCAUCGAUAUUGGUAGAGAAGUGUACCAAACUUCUCUCACAGAGCCAAUUAUCAUCGGCUCUGUUAUAUCGCACGCCUCUUCUGGUAUCUUGCUCAACUUGUUCAGGAGAAUCUUGCGCUAUAAGAAAUACGGCUCCAGCAGAUACAUUCCUAAAGAGGAGAAAUCCACAAUCAAAACUACAAAGGACAAGGAGGAAGUCAAAGACGUCAAUGAAGGCCUUGGAGGUCUUUCGUCUUUUCUUGGAUUAGGUUCCAAAAAGGCUCUAACUUACAGAUUAUUUGGCAUUUCUCCUAUCAGCUUUUCCGGCUACAUUUUGUGCGUACUUCUUAGUGCUCAUGUGAUUAAGUUGAGAUUCAAUCCUUUGCAGGUUGAUGGUGAUUCGUCCUAUGUCGAUCUCUCUUAUCUUUCUUACUGUAUUUCCAAAGUAGGUGCUAUAAUUCCCGUCUAUACGUUGUUUGUAUUCACGGGUGCAUAUCAUAUGAUUACAGGAGCCAACCGAUUCUUCAAACUAUUCUCUAAAAAGGCCAGAAAGGUGGCCUAUUUUGGUAUUUAUUCUCUUUCUUUUUUGGCAUUUGUUAGUCUUAUUAGGAUCGCUCGUAUGGAUCCUGUUACCGGUACAAUGGCUGCAAGAUUCCACGAGUAUCUGGAAUAUAUUUAA